AUGACGAGGCUCCAGCAGAACGGUCAUCGCAUCGUCGUCGGGGUCGACUUCGGCACAACAUACACAGGGGUCAGCUGGGUAACCACUGUCAGCCAGCAGACCAUUCAGGAGAUCGACAUCAUCAACGAAUGGGGCGGAAGCGGGGCAACAGGCAGCUACAACUGGAAAGUCCCUACCGUUAUCGCGUACCAAAACGAGAACUCUCCGUGGAGCCCAAGAGGGGACAAAUGGGGCUUCCAGGUCAAGCCUGAGAUGGUGUCUUGGGCGUGGAUGAAGCUACUCUUGGACCAGGACCAGGCGAAAAGGCACUACGACGAUACGCUCCCGGAGGUCAAGCAGCACCCGCACAAGUCACCCGAGCAAAUUGUUACCGACUUCCUUUCCCACGUGUACAAGUUUUUGAUCGGGACACUAGAACGUCGUAUGACCCCCAGCGUUGUGCAACAACUCCCGAUCGAGUUUUGGUUUACCACACCAGCGAUCUGGUCAGAUCAAGCCAAUCAUGCGACGAGAAGGGCAGCCCGGGCCGCUGGCUUCGGAAGCCGACCAGGAGACCGAAUAUUCAUGAUUCAGGAGCCCGAGGCAGCGGCUGUUGCUGUCCUGAAAGACCUCACGGUCCAUGGGACCAAUGUCAUUGUCAAACCGGGUGAUGGUAUACUCAUAUGUGAUUGUGGCGGGGGGACGGUUGAUUUAAUAACCUACAAAGUGACGCAGACUUAUCCAACCCUCCAGUUCGAAGAGCUUGUAGUUGGGUCAGGUGGCAAAUGUGGCUCCACAUACGUUGAUCGCCGCUUCCUGGCUUGGAUGUCGGAAACGUUUGGCCCAGCUUUCGACGGGCUUCGUGACAGACUCAAGUGUCCUGGGAGCAAGAUGAUGCAGGAAUUUGAGUCACAUAAGCGCGCAUUCAGCUCCGACAAUUGUGAACAUUUCGAGCUGGGUCUAUCCAUGCAUGACGUUCCGGAUUCGCCGUCAUACGAUGCUUCGGAAAACACAGUGAAGAUUGAAUGGUCUACUAUGAAAAGCUUUUUUGAACCAGCUGUGGAGAGGAUUAUAGGCUUGAUCCAGGAGCAAACGCAGCAAGCAGCAAACAUUGGGGAGAGAGUCCAUAAAGUCGUUCUCGUUGGGGGCUUUGGAGAUUCAAAGUUUCUUUACACCGAGCUUGAGCGGGUGUGUGCGCAGUGGCAGAUUCAAGUUCUAUGUCCGAAGCAUCCCCAAGCCGCCAUUGUAAAAGGGGCAGCCUUGAGGGGGCUAGAGAAUAUCAAACCGCAGCGUAAAAAAUGCAGACAACAUUACGGCUUCGAGAGCGCCCAUACCUUUCGACCGGGGAUCGACCCACAACAGGACUAUUGGUUUGACGAGAUCGACGGUCAGCACUUGUGCCUACACCGGAUGGAAUGGGCAAUGUCGAAGGGCCAAUACAUGGAUGAGGGGGUGUUCUUCAGAAGCUCUCAAGUAUUGUGGCAAACAGCAGCACAGGCAAACAACCCACCGCCGGUCAAUCUGUACCGCAGCGAAAGUGAGGAGCAGGCUGAAAGAUGCUAUUAUGCAGGGGUUCAAAGUGUUGGCCAGAUAGGUCUGCGCUUCAAUUCUCUGAACUUCAGUGCUUUCGAGACCAAGAUUCACAAGGGAGUCAUGCAUUACCACCUGGCUUAUGAAAUUCAAGUGUUUCCUUCCACAAAAGAGGGUGUUCUCCGCUUUCGUGUUGUUUCACAAGGACAGGAAAUUGGAUCUGCGCAGAUUGUGUACACGAAGUAA